AUGUUUUGUGCUUUUGACGGUCGGCGCCGUGCAUGGUACCGGUAUCCUGACUCGGAGAAGCUUCUCUUAGUCUUCACGCUAAAUGCUACAGGAACCCUCCCCCCCGUUCAGACCAGAUCGAAUGAGAGCAGCUACGAUCUUAUUCCGUUAGCCAACCGCAACGGCUAUGUCAAUCCCGAGGAUCUGAUCCCCAUGCCACAGUGCAUUGCUCAGCAAGACCAAGCCGGAUGGCUGAGUACCAUGGCUAGAUGUACUAGCAAACAGUGCACUAGACACUUUGGAGUGAUCUGCACCCAUCACCAAUGGCUGACCCAGCUCAGCUGUCUCAGCACCGAGUUCUCCCCAGAAAUGGUCGGUCUCUACCUCCCGGUAUGCAGUCGAUCAGUGCUUGCCAAAGCGCAAUUGUUCCAUUGGAUACACAAUAUUACUGGUCGAAUGUGGUUGGUCAAUGUCGGCGAUGCCAAUGGAUUGCAGAGUUUGUCUCCGCUCUCCUUGACUAAGGGAUAUGCGGCAUUUGAGGUGACUGGGAAAGCUCCAACAUGCCUUACGGAAUCGGUCGUCGAUGCUUCGAUAGAACCGUUUGAACAUGUCAUAGCUUCCUGCGCUUUCACUUCGGACACUCGACACACCGGAAAUGCUGAUCGUCCAUGGGAAUAUAGGGAGUCACUACGGUCAAUUGUUGCCUUGGAUACGGAGACCGUCGGCUACGAACUUACGGGUCGCACAAUAACACGGGGCGACUACUUCGAUAAACGAUGUUUCUGUGAUACGUUUAGUACACACAAAGAGGCGCAGCUCUGUCCAGGACCAAGCUUGGCCUCAACAAAAGAGCGGCUAUGGCUGAAUGCAACGUGUGGACCGGACUCGUUGCCGGCGGAUUGGACAAAAGAGCUCCAAACCACCGCGUUUGCUUACAUUGCUCCACCAAAAUGGCGGUGGCCUCAGCACAAGGGUGCCAGGUCUAAAAAGAUGACCCGGCUUGUUGAUCAUUGUACGACGGAUGCCUGCGAUAUUGAUUCCGAUGGUUAUUGCAAAGUGGAACGCGCAGUGGAUCGUGCCUGUAUAUGUCGUAAUAUCAGUUACGACAACUGCGAAGGGCCUUGCCGCGAUUUCGAAGCUCGGAUAGAUUUUGUGAACUGGCUUCAUGACCUCUGCGGCAAUGUGGAGGGAUGGCAUGGCCUACCAAAACAUUGGCGCCAGUUGACAGUUCCCACAUCCGUUGAAAUGAUUCCAUGGCGGUGGGAACUCAAGCCUUUCAGAAAACCUGAUUCGGGGAACCCCCUCUGGAAAGAUUUUUCACCGUGUGUCUCAACCGAAUGGAAGCUCGGAUCCGUCAUUCUGGUCAAUCUGGUCACCCUUCUCGCCGGUUUAUGUACCCGGCCUGGUCAGUCAAGGGCCUACCCACUUGCUUCUGCGAAACAGCAAGCCUGGAUCUUAUCCGGACUUGCAACAGCUGCAAUUUACCUACUCGCGAACUUGGGUAUCUCUGUCCACGCAACUGUAGGAUGCGAAACCCUUUCCGUCGGUCAACUGAUGCUACUUUUGUGCUCCAUGCCCCGGCUCACGUGGUCGAUGAUCUUUCUGAGAAUUAGCAAUCCCUCCCAAGAGACGACACUACACAUGGUCGCAUCGUUCUUGGUUGCCGAAAUAAUCCUACAGACUCUGUCUGCAUUCCCUAUGAUUCAAACGAUCAAUUACGGAAUAGAACACAAAUUCUACGACAACUGGAUGGCGAGGUUGCAGACCGAGCCAGCAGCGCAGUACAUGUACGCUGGAGCAGUAAUGUGGCUGAUCAUCAUCGUUGCGAGCUUGGCCCUGCUGCUUCAAGUUGCGAGUGACGCAAUUGCUCAGCCAGAGGUGCGGAAAAGAGGUCAUGCUUCGGCACCUAUCGUGACAAAAGCGAUGGAUCAAGUCAACAAACAAUGGACUUGGUUCGAAGAAAUGGUAGCGCGUAAAUGGGUAGACAGAAGCUGGGAUCCGGAGAGAGAACCACUGGUGCAUAGCGGCACACAGGAUUACGGCACGCUCUUCACCAAUGACCCCCAUAUCCGUAGGACUCGAAGAACCACAGCGAGAUUGACAAUAAUCAUAGCAAUGAGUGGCUUUCUUCUUUGGGUUGCUCAAUGGUUUUUCUGGUCCGGAUUCAUUACUCUCAGUGCAGAAGGGUUUUGCCCUCCAAAGCUUUAUCUUCUUACGGCUAUCUGGGUUGCUGCAUCAAUAAUUGUUACAAAAAUUUGGGCUUAA